CGAAGAGCUUUUGUCACCAUCAUACAUGUCAAACUCACGAAGAUAGGUUAACAUGAUGGACAGGUUUACUCUUCUCACCCUCUGCUUUACUUUGAUCCUUCAGUAUGUUUGUUGUAUGACGAAAUCUUUCAAUGUGAGUGAACCUCUAAAUCACACGCUGAAUGAAGAUGGGUCAGUCUCUGUCAUAUGCAUGUUUGAUGGAGAAGGUUUGGAAUGGGAUGCUAAGUUAAAAAUGAACAAAGAAUAUAUUUGUGAGCUUUACCCAAAAGAAAGCCAAUCCGAAUAUAAAAUGUGUGAUUGGGAUCUUAAAGACAACAAAUUCAAGUUCACCAUAAAGAACCUGGAGGCCAGGCACAAAGAUCAACUGUAUUCAUGUGAGAUAUCCAGAAUAAAUCCAUUUCCAAUCAGUACUAAAAAUGGAGCGAAAACUAAGCUUUUCCCAGGAGUCAAUAUUCCUUUGCCUCUGCCGAGGAUCAAUUGUUCAAGCACUGGUUCAACAGCUGAACUGAAGAAUGGAAAUUCUACAGACAUUAAGAUUAAUAUCUUAAUAUUGGGACUGACUGUGGUGGUGUUAAUGCUCUCUGUCUAUAGCAUUAUUCUUACCAGCAUCUACAUCAGAUUGAGGGUUACAAAGUAUGAAUCAUCUGACACAUUGACCUAUGUGCCAAUGCAGAGGAAAGUUAAACGGUGUGAUCUAGAAAACACAGAAUACGUAGACAUGUGUAAGUUGCAGAAACAGGUAGGAUCCAUCAGAGAUAUGAACCACAACUCUCAUCCGAUUGCCUCUGUCAGAGCCAAAUAGCAAAUAUCUAGUGGCAUGCUCAUGAUGGCAUAUCAGAGCAUACACUUUACCUUCUUUAGGACUCACACAGCUGGAUAAGAUCAUGUUAAUCUACACUAAAGAAUGUCGCAGGUCUAAAUGAUCAGCUUACUGUACUUACAGUAAUGGUCAGACAAAAAAAAGACUUUCCUUAAUGCCAGACAAUCUGCAUAUUGCUGUAUUGUGUCUGCUCUCUGUUGCAGAAUGUUUUUAUCUGGUAGCCUCAUGAAUUACAUUCAGCCAUUGUAGCUAUGCAUAUCAGAAUGUUUAUAUAUUUGGCAUUUUAUGCAUUUCAUGGAACUUGAACCAUAUUAAUAUCUGGUAAUGUUCAAUACAAGAAAGUGCUUGAUUGUUAAUUUUUUUCUUCUUCAAAGAUUAUAAUGAUUAUCAGAUUAUCAUUUUUGUGUAUUAUGUAUUAUUUUGAAAUAUAGAAUACAGAGACUACAUGUAUUUGUUCUUAAAAUGACUAAUUUGAUCCAGAUAUUUUAAAGAUAAAACCAGGAAAGUUUUGCACUGCAAACAUUUAUAGUGUGUUUACAGUAAAUUCCUGGCUACUAGUUUCACAGUAUAUUUUACAGUAGUAUCUCUAUAAUUAUUACAAAAAUAUACUGUAUACUGUAUAAGUAUACUGUAACAGUGUACAGGACCAAUAAAUUACUGUAAUGUAGCAGUGCUGUGUCGUAGACUCACAAUGAUCAUCUGUAUUUUUUACAGAGAUAUGCUUAUAUGCUUGUAAAUUGUCACCAUCAUUGAGAUUUGCAUGCUGAGUGUUGAUAUCUUGUGUGCCUGAUUGACAGCUUGUGAUAAAAGGUUAAUGAGUGAUAAAACCAACCAUAUUGGCUUUGCAAAUAUCCAUUCCUCAUUGUUCAAAUAAAAUAAUAGUAUUUCUUUAUUUUCCAAUACAUCAUUUGAUGUAGUUUAUAUACCAUGGGCCAACAUAAAGUCAUCCACUAAAUGUAAUAUAUUCUCCAUACAUCACAGUUUACCUUUACAUUUAUGCAUUUGGCAGACGCUUUUAUUCAAAGCAACUUGCAGUGCUCUUAUUACAGGGACAAUCCCCCUGGAGCAACCUGGAGAUAAGUGCUUUACUCAAGAACACAAUGGUGGUGGCUGUGGGGAUCGAACUGACAACCUUCUGCUUAAAAGUUUAGUGCUUUUGCCCACUACACCACCACCAAUCCAAUAACUUGUGUUCUCAUACACAAUUGCAACAAUAGCGAAAAAUUUCAUUGGAGAUAAAUAAGAUAAAGUCCCAUCCAAAGCGAACACUAAAAACCAUAAUGGUGACUCCAAACGAAACAAAAUUUUCCCAUAAUGCAAUGCGAUUUCCAAAUGUAUUUUUUUCACAGUAAUUUGUUGUGUUGUGACAGAAAAUGACCUAGCCUGCAUAGAUUUUACAGUAAAAUAUUGAAAACAGAUAAAUCUGGUAAAACCCUGGCAAUUUCUGUGGUAAUAACAAGAAUAGAUCUUUCUAUUGGCUUCGGAUAGACCUGAAAAUAGUAAUUUUUACUGAAACGAUCUGCCUACAAUUACAAAAUGUCUGAGGUCACACACAAGCAUGUAAGGUCACAUAUAGUAAAAAAACAAACAAAACAUGUCUCUCAAUAUUGAUCCUAUGUUCUACAUAUAUCAGAAUAUCACAAUUUCUAUUUUACAUUCAUUAAUCUUCAUUCUGAAGUCAUUGUGCUAUUUUGACAUUUCUAACAGUAAGGCUCCAUAUGAUUAAAAUCUAGUGUUUGUAUUAGUCCUGAUUAGGAAGAAUAAAUUAAUAAAUGUACAUUAAUAAUUCAACGUUACUCUGAUUGUAAAGUACUUACUUGUACAGCACACUCUUAUGUUGUCGAGUAGGGCUGCAACAAACGAUUAUUUUGAUAAUCGAUUAAUCUAACGAUUAUUAGAACAAUUAUUUGACUAUUCUGUGAUUAUUGCAGCGAUUAAUCAUUAUCUCUUAACCAAUUAGUCAGCUUGUGCCUGACUUAAAAGAUUGUAUUAAAUGUGCUUACUAAGAAUAAAGAGGACAAAAUCAUCUUUUAAAAAUACCUCUAA